CUCUAUACUGUUUACCUGUGUCCCGGAAGUUAAAUACCAACGGCGAUAAGAAUAAUGCUCGUGUGAAGGGUGCAGAUGAUGCUCAAGAUGGAGGAUGGGAUCUUCAUGCAGUUCUGAACAUCUUUCUAAAGCGGAGUUAGUCAGCAGCGAGGGCGAGAAAGACAUCCAUAUAGUCAUGGACGGGAAGAGGCGUCCGGUGAGGACUAAGUCGGUGGUAGAGGGGGAGGUCUUUGACGGUCUGUUACUGAAACACCCAGAAUUGAAACCGACACUGAGGGAGUUCGACAGAGUCAUUUCCAAGCUUAAAGAGAUGGACGGCAAAAUAACAGAAGAUACAUACUCAGAUUUGUAUUCGCUACUUGACAAAUACAUCGACGAUCCUUUUCAAGACAAGGCAGGAUUAGAAGAAAGACAAGUGUUGGGAAAUUAUCUAGCCAAACAUGGGUUUGUGCCUUAUUUAGUUGACGUGUACCAAGCUGUGUGGUCGAACCAUGAUCUAGAAUUCUUUGACGAUGAUUUAGAAGAGGACGAAUCCGAGUCGGCAUUUUUUAAACUUUUACAACUGAUCCGAACAAUUUUAUGGAAUUAUGCCGAUGGAAGUUCUAAAUUUGCUGAAUCUAUUGUAAAUGACACGCCCCUUUUUCAAUAUCUAACAGAGGACUUACUAGCUGUGAAGGAUGACUUGGAAGAUUUAGAGGACGAAAUCACAAAUGAAAACCACUUUCCUUUUAAUUCUACUCUCGGAAUACUCAACAACUGCGCUAGGAACGCUGCUACAAAGGAAGUGUACAAUGUCAAACGUCUGAUGAAAAAAGGCGGGAAAACCAAUGCAGAUGCUAAUAUGGUAGAGAUACUGGAAAACCUGUUGAAAACGGAUAUAACUUAUGUUAAACUUGUUGUGCUGUUGGCAUUGUCCUAUAUGGUAAAUGAAGAACAAAACAAAGAACUUUCUGCUGAUGAAUCCAUAUUUGACUUUCUUCUUGACAUGGUGCACAAGGCAGAGAAGUCGAAAGAUCGCAGACAAUGGGGCUUUUCUAUUCACGAACUCAUAAAUGGUUUGGCAAAACUGGCCAAAAAUGACGAAAACAAAGAAAAAAUUAUGAACAAAGGUGCCUUUGCAUCUCUUAAGAGAAUUUUAAAACACGGAAUUGAAGCUGAACAGAUUGCAGUUGUCAAUGUCAUUUGGGAAUUGUGUUUCUCAAAGAAAAAUAAAGAUCUAUUUAAGAAUGAUAAAGAGGUUUGGAAAACUCUUCAAGCUCUAUGCAACAGUGAAACUGAAGAACUUGCAAAGGCAGCCCAAGGCGCUUGUUUUGUUAUAAAUGAAGGACAGGAUAGAGAAAGAGAAAAGUCCAAACCCAAGGAGAAAAAUAAAGGACAUAUCAUGUUAAGCUACAACUGGGCAGAUCAGAAAAUUCUGUUACAGAUCCGGGAUCGUCUGCAGCAGCGAGGGAUGUCGGUAUGGAUGGACGUGGACAAUAUGGAAGGAUCGAUUCUCGAAGCUAUGGCGAGGGCAGUAGAGGACGCCAGGAUCGUACUCGUCUGCUACUCCGAAAAGUACAAAGACAGUCAGAAUUGUAGAACUGAGGCGGAAUAUGCAUACUCACAGAAGAAAGAUAUCGUGCCACUUCGCAUGCAGAAAGGUUAUGCAGCAACGGGAUGGCUAGGCAUCAUGAUUGGGGCCAAGUUAUUUUACGAUUUCAGUGGCAAGUACGAUUUCGACAAAAAAUUCGGAGAACUUGAUUCCGCAUUGUCCGGAAAAAUAUUAACAAAGGGACCGAAAUUGUCAACCAUUACUGAGAAUGGUGGUCAGAGAUCCCUGAUGUCAUCAUCCGAAGACGAAACCAUUAUCUUAUUGAAGUGGACGAAAGCUGAUAUGCAGAAAUGGCUGAAUCACAAUCAAUUAACAGCGUUUUCUGGAUUGAAGAAUCUAUCAGGCGAACAACUUGUAUUCCUUUAUAAAUUAUUUCGAAGGGCUCCAGAAUAUUUCUAUAGAUGCAUAGAAGAGAAAUUGGGCAUGAAGAGUUUGGAGGAUUUAAUGAAAUUCAGUGACGCCAUAGAAAAACUGCAAACAGAACAUCCGGACAUCAACAGAUUAGUUCACUAGACUCAGAUUGUUUCCUCUCAGAUCCCUGUCCUUAGUGAAAACGAAAGUGUUGGCAGAAUGUGUCAAGUUAAUUCACGCUUUGUGAUGGAUCUACCCUGGUUCCACAUAACAUUUCUAUGAAAAUAACCUGUUGUGAAUUUAGUCUAAUAUGACGAUGUGUAUUGAUGUAAAACUUAUUCGGUACCAAUUUUGAUGUAAUGUGACGAUGUAGAUUGGUGUCAUGUGACGAUGUGUAUUGAACCAUGUAAUAUUAGUGUAAUGUGAUUGGUGUAAUAUAGUGAUGAGUGUAUAUUACGAACUGCGUUUAAAUAUGUUUAAAAUGUUGAUUUAACAUAUUGCAAAAUAGGCUAACUAGUCGAAAAUUAUACUCUUUUCUUAAAAUAGAUUAUGUAGAUUUGAUUUCCCACAAACAUUAUAUUUUGAUGUAUAUAAUACUGAUCUUUAUUUAUACGUAUCUGUAUUUAUAUAUGUUACAUGUUUUGUUUAUUCAAGCCUAAGCGGCAAUAUUUCAGACAUAUAUCGGAUCGUAUUCCAGGUACAUUUUAAUCCUUACAUGUCUAAAUACGCAAUUUGUUUUUAAAUUUUAAAUCAAACAAUUUGAAUUGCUAUCCACAUAAUCCAUUUACACAUUCUACACCAUGACAGGUAAUUCACAUGUAGAUACGUAAAGAUAAUUGUUAUUUCAAUUUCUCAGUCAAAAAGUAUCGUACAAUUAUGUACAUAUUACACUGUGAUAUUAAAUUUAUUUUGACCAUUUAGUUACUGAAGACUAUUACUCUGAAUUCAUGUUAUGUGAUUUUAGAAUAUACCAAAUCUCAUAACACACCUCGUUUUAAUCCCAUAUCUAUGAAUAAUGGAUGUAUCUCAUUGACUGUUUUUGAUAAAUGUGAAAAGCGAUAACGAACUGGGGUUUGGACAUGUUGGGAGUGGAUCUGGUCUGAAGGCGGUGUAAAUUAUGCAUAAAUCAGAUUAAAUUUAGCAUUGAAGACCAGGUUAAAUAUUUACAUUAGAUGUGAUGCUUCAGUUUCAGCAAGAAUGUGGAGUUUAGAUUACUUGGUAGUUGAUUGAAGAGAUUGAGAUAUUAAACACAAAAUCCCCGUAAAAAUAGUUUUCUUCUUUUAUUUUCAACAAGCGCUUCAUAUAAAAGCAUAUCAUAUAUAACACCAAGUUUCACAAUAUACAAUCAUGAACCGGCUAUCUUUGCACGUGCAAAAUGUUGUACAUUGUACAUACUACAUUUACAAUAUGCUACAACAUCAUCAUCAUUUUUAUAAUUUGACAUUAGACAAACAUUAUAUAUAUCAGAUUAGUAAUCAUACACCUAUCUUUUUACUAUGCUACAAAAGUUAUUUCUGUACAAAAUGCAUGUUGUGUGAUCAUAAGGGCUAAGUAUUACAUACAUAAUGGGACGGAUUCGCACAUGAGAUAAUGUACAUUUAUUACAGUUAACUGUUCCAUAUGUAAAUAGGAACACCACAAGUUAACGCACUGGUAAUUCGUAUUUGAUUUUGCCCCAGAACCACCGCCGCUCGUUUUUCUUCUCUCCGGGAGAAAACACCUUUCUUCCUUUUACUCGAGACUUCCACGGUUCGUUUUCUAUCAUCUCGUCUGCCUCGGGAUGAUAUUUGAUAAAGAUAAUUCGUCCAUUAUUUAAUUCUAAUAUUUCCGCUCUCUGACACUCGAAUUUACACCAUUCAUUCUCGUCAUAUUUGUCAGAUAAAAUGACAAUCACUCGUUUACUUUUCUCCAUAUUUUCUAUGAUGGAGUCUGCUUUGUCUUGACCAAAGAUGAGGUCCCGCACGGGAACAAAAAACCUAUAGCACGGUUUCUCUUCCUCAAGCCGUUUGACGAAUUUUCGAAGCACCCACUGGCGGAUGUGGAUGUUGUUGUCAUCGAACGAUACAUAAGCGUCGUAUUCCGCUAGAAGUUCUCGGUCGACGCGAUACUUGUCCCACGGAUGGUACCGAAAAAUUCUGUACAAGAUAACUUUGGUUUCGUAGGGGCACCUUUUGGCCCAAAUAACAGCAAUGAUGACUAAGCUUAGCAAGAUUGCAAAGCCGAUUGUCAGCCCAAUAGCAACGUCAUAAGUACAGUUCAGCAACCUCUCCGUCACCUCACGUAUCAGGUAGACGUCGUCAUCGUCAGAUGUACAUUGGAUAUUACGAUUAGGGUUGUCUGAAGGUGCAUAAUUGAUCCACUCUGCCAUCCAAACCAUGUCGCAACUGCACUUGAAAGGAUUGUUCUUUAAUUCUGUUAACUCGUAUCGCAUUAAGUACCGAAGGUCCUUCGGAAUGCUUUGCAAAUCGUUGUUUUCCAGGUUCAAAUGUGUUAUUUGUUUCAUUUCUUUAAUUGCCGUACUUGUAACGUAAUUAAGCCCAUUUCCGGAGAGUGAAAGAUCAAUGAGAUACGAUGUGUAGUUUCUGAUAGACAAUGUUUUGAUUUGAUUAUUAUCCAUUUCCAAUUUCAGUCUUUCGUAUUUGUUAUAUGGUAACGUAUUCGGUAACUUUGAAUUACUUCUGUUGUUACAAAUCACAUGAAACAUGUUAUCAUCAGGUUUGUCCUGACAUAAGCAAUCAGCAGGGCAGUCCUCUGUCACAUUACAAAUUAAGUCAUUCAAAUCGACAUCUUCUAAAAUAGAUUUUCCUUUCAGUUCUGGUGGUCCAUCGCACUUAACUUCAAUAAGAUUCGUAUCCGCGUGUUUGAAGAAGGAGUUCUGGUAUCGUUCUGAAAAGCCAUGCAAGUUACAGUCACAGAACCACGGAUUGUCCCGGAUGUCCACGUUGUAUGUAACGAAGUCGGUAUAAUAAUCCGCUUUCGGAGCAGGGUUGUACUGACGAAAAAAGUUAUCGUUCCAGUGUCUUAAUUCAUUGUUACGUAGGUCGACGCUUGCAUGGUAAGGCUCUCUCAAAUUGUACGUCCAAUUCAUCCUGUUUGUGAAGUUAACGAUAAAGUUGUUUGAAACAUCAAAUUUCGUCAAAGCUGGGGGAAUAUACGCCCAGGGUUCCAUGGACACGAGUUGGUUAUGUGCAAGGUGAACUUCUUUCAGCGCGGAAUGAUAUCUUGUAAAGGCUUCUACACUAAUGAAAUUUAUCUUAUUGUGAGAAAAAUCAACAGUUCUUAAUGCAGUCUUGUCUUUAAGAAUCCAAUCGUCCAAAUCUGUCAUGGCGUUGUAUGAGACAUUUAGAUGCUCUAGAACGCGCAAUGUCCAGAAGGCAUCUUCAGCUAUAUAAGAGAUGUUAUUGUUACUUAUUUCGAGUUUUUUUAGUUGCCAGAAAUAGCCGGUGUUAUCAAGCAUUGUGAAGUCACUGCUGGAAAUAUUGGUGAUGAAAUUUCCGUUUAGCUUCAAAAUCUGCGCACUUCGUGCAGCAUUACAAGAUUUAUUUAUGGCUUGUGACAUGCUGUGGAAAGUGCAGUUUGAAAGGUCUAUGGUAGAUGUCGACUGGCACGUGUCACAUCUGUUUGUUGCACUCACAAAUGCAGCUAAAAUUGAAAAGAUGGCAUAUGGGAUGUAAAGGUGGUCUCCCAUUUUUUUAACC